AACGCGCAUGCGUCACGGCCAUUUUUGUCAAAGGCAAGCCGCUAGUGAAGCUUAUAAUAAUGACGGACGCAAAAACUAAAAAGACUCCUGCUAAAAUCCACAAAUCCGAAUCGGAUAAUAAUCACGAUGGACUAGAGGAACUAAAAGCACCCUUAGUUUCCCUCGUAGCCGACAGAGAAACACAAGAUGCUAUCGAAAAAAUUGAUGAAGUUCAAAAUGAGAUCGACAAGCUGAAUGAACAAGCUUCGGAGGAAAUUCUUAAAGUUGAGCAGAAGUAUAACAAGAGCCGUCAGCCGUACUUCGCUAAGCGCGCCGAAUUGAUUGGAAAAAUUCCGAAUUUCUGGGUCACGGCAUUUGUUAACCAUCCUCAAAUUUCCGCACUCCUGUCUGAGGAAGAUGAAGAGGUUUUACAAUAUUUGACCAAGGUAGAAGUAAGCGAGUUUGAAGAUAUCAAGUCCGGCUACAAGAUCGUUUUCCACUUCGAUUCCAAUCCGUUUUUUAAUAAUGCAGCCUUAACGAAAGAGUUCCACUUGAAUGAAACGGGUGAACCAUCAACAAAAGGUACUAACAUCGAUUGGCAACCAGGAAAGGAUUUGACAAAAAAAUCAGGAUCCCCAAAAGCCGGGAAAAAGAGGGCUCAUGACGAACAAGAAUCAUUCUUUAACUGGUUUUGCGAGGCCGGAGAUGCCACUACUGAUGAGCUGGGUGAAGUAAUCAAGGAUGAAAUCUGGCCCAAUCCUCUCCAAUACUAUUUGGCUUCGGAGAUCGAUGAAGAUAAUGAAGACGGAGAUGAAGAUUGUGAUGUUGAUGAUGAGCCUGAAGAUGAGGAGGAAGAUGAAGAAGAUGUAGCUGAUGAAGACGGCGAUGAAGAAGACCCUUGA